AUGUGCCACUUUCAGGUCUCCUCACACUGCUGGUGUGUUGAAUUUUUUGACAUAGGGUGCUGGCAGAUUACGGGCCUCCUAUAGCUGCUGCCAGGCCCUAAUCUGCCAUGGGCCCCUAUAUACCGCCUCCUCAUGCUGCUGCCAGGUCCAGAGUCUCUCAUGGGUCCCUGUACGGCCUCCCAUUGCUGCUGUCUCCAUCGCCACACUCUGCCAUGUGCCACUUUCAGGUCUCCUCACACACUGCUGGUUGGUGCCAGUCUCUCAUGGGUCCCUGUACGGCCUCCCAUUGCUGCUGUCUCCAUCGCCACACUCUGCCAUGUGCCACUUUCAGGUCU